UUGCAUUAAAGAUGGCGACUUCUUUUUGUUUCAACAACCCAUGCAAAUACUGUUUAAUUCUCACAGUUGAUCACUCUGAAGCCUUCCUGAAAACCGGUGGUGACCUUUCCAUUGACUACGAGCGGCUUGACACAUUCCCUGAUUUCCCCCAGCUUAAAGCCUCGACCAAAGAUGGCUGUGCCUUUUGUGGACUUCUGCGAGCUUCGUGCCAAUCACACUGCUCAUACGGUGACCCGUUCGCCAGAUCUACCGAUGGUAAGAAGCCAUUCGAAAGUAUUGUUCAGAUAUACGGAGCCAAAAUCACUUCCGUGGGAGGUAGAAGGGGAAUGACGACCUUGCAAUUUUCAAUCCGCCCAAUAGAUAGCGCUUAUGAUUCCUCAUCUCUUACUACGAUCUACUUUAACCUUUAUUGUUGUAAUGAUAGCCCUGCCACGAGCCAGAUCAAGCAGCCUCAGCCACUCCCAACAGCCCUUGAUCCUCGAAACUUGCAGCGUAUUACCGACUGGAUGGAAGAAUGCAAGGAAUUGCACGAAAGAUGCCGCCUGGAGAAGGACCCGCCAUACCUACCUACUCGUGUUAUUGACGUUGGACCACCUGAUGGAUCGUGUGAUCCACGCUUGUACAUUACUCACGGUAUCACUGGGGUUUAUGCAGCGCUUAGCCAUUGUUGGGGGCCUUCGUCAAAAGACCAAUAUAAGACAUUAUUGUCUAAUAUAGAACAUAGUUUAGAGGGAAUGCCGAUAUCUGAACUUCCGCAGAAUUUCCGAGACGCAAUCAUUGUCACGCGAGCACUGGGUCUGAGGUACUUGUGGAUUGAUUCCGUCUGUAUUAUCCAAGAUAGUGAAGAUGACUGGAAGGUGGAGAUUAGAAAAAUGGGUCGUAUAUACGGUACGGCUCAUUUCGUCAUUGCCGCCACAUCAUCAUCCUCCAGCAACUCAGGGUUUCUCGUCCGCGGAGUAAGGGCAUCUGUUCAAAUGCCACUCCAUUCUGUAAAUGGCUCCCCGCUUGGACAGUAUUGUAUCCGACCGCAAUCACGAGCUGGGGGCGGAGGAUGGUUCCAAGACAUUGGGAUGUCACCAUGGAACAUGCGUGGCUGGACCCUCCAGGAACGAUUACUUUCGAGGCGCGUCAUUCAUUUCACAACCGAGAAAAUAUACUUUGAAUGCUGCACCACCGAUAGCUCAGAAGAAGGGGACAUUACACGAGAUAUGCCAGGGGAGCUGGAUACAAUGAUGGCUUCCCUUGAAUUCCAACACCUACUUGGGCUCACUAAGCAGAUCUCAUCGAUGAAGGAAGUUAACGGUUAUGAGGCUGCUGCUCGCUCAGCGUACAAUCUUUGGUAUACGCUGGUGACAAUGUUCUCGGGACGCCAACUCACGUUUGAGUCGGAUAAAUUCCCUGCCAUAUCUGGUCUUGCGGUCGAAAUAGGAGCUUUACUCAAAGACAAUUACCUGUUCGGCCUUUGGCUGAAUGAUCUGGUCAGGGGCUUAUUGUGGCAACCAAAUAUCAUAAACAUGUCACAAGGCUACCCAAGGGUAUCGAAGGGAGGAUUACGCCAAGCUCCCUCCUGGUCAUGGGCUGCAUACAACGGCGGUGUAUCAUACUAUUCCAGUGAGCUAUCGGGGGAUAGCGAGGGGCAGAGCCUUCGUAUAAUAGAGGUUGACCCGAGGACAUCCGGUUUCACUCCACCAGAGAUGAGUGCUCCUGCGAAGCUCAAGGUAUCAGGACUUUUGAAGCAGGCAACAAUUUUUCGGACUGGGGAGAUUAGAGGGGACAAAUUUAGGCUUGUUCUUGAUGGUGAGACGGGCGGGGCAUGGGAUAAUCGUGUGAAGAUCAAUAAUGAGGAAGUUGGUGACUGUUCACUCGAUUGUCGGCAUCCUUCAUCGUCUGGUGAGAAUGUGCGGCUGCUUAAGGUUAUGAAUAGUACGCAGAAGAACACAGUCAAUUAUGGUGUACCUGUGGGACUAAUACUGGAAGAGGUUGGUGAGGGGGUAUUUCAACGUGUUGGGCUUUUCAACCUUGACUCCACGCAGGAGAGUAUAUUUGGUGAUGAGCAAUAUCAAGAGAUCACGAUUAUUUGAAUGGAAGUAGCGCUAUGCAAAGGAUGUAAUUCCGUG